CGAGUCCGGCGCGAUUAACUACUGUUAAAUCUGUCUUCUUAAGUUCACAAGGUCGGGUAUUUGAAAAAACCUACCUGAUAUCCAUUCUUAGACGCUCGGCUUAUAUACAACCCAGAACUAGACCCUUGCCAAUAGCACCGCAGUCUCCGUUGUCUCCCUAAUUCCAUCUUUGCACUGCUCUGAGUCAUGCAUUGUUGCCGAUGGCCGGACGCAACCAUCUCCCUCCUAAUGCCUCGAAACACCGCCAACCUCCAAUCGACGACGCUCGCUUCCAUCUUCACCGCCUCCCUCUCUCCGUCGUUGCCAAUCCCAUCACCGCCCGGCCCCACCAUCCAUCAACUAUUCUCGAAGACCGAAUUGCUAUCCAGCACCGGGAGAUUCAAUCCCUUCUCCUUGACAAACAACAACUGGCAGCCACUCAUCUUGCUUUGAAGCAAGAGCUUGCUCUCGCUCAAGAUGAGCUUCGACACUUAUCGACUGCUGUGGCUGAUGUAAAGGCAGAGAGGGAUGAUCAGGUGCGGAAGGUUUAUGAAAGAUCGUUGCAAAUGGACUCGGAGGUGCGCUCGAUUGAUGCAUUGAGAGCAGAGCUUGUUCAGGUAAGGAGGGAUUGUCAGAAGCUUACCCUGCACCGUCAGGAACUUGCUGCAGAGUUGCAGGCUAUUAAUGGUGAUCUUCUUAAGGCAAGAACGGAGGCACAAGAAGUCACUGUGAUUAAGGGUGAGAUUGAGGCCAUGCAACAAGAGAUUCAGAGAGGAAGGGCUGCCAUUGAAUGUGAGAAGAAGACUUAUGCCAGUAAUCUUGAGCAUGGAAAGACAAUGGAGCAGAAUAUGCUUGCAGUAGCUCGUGAAAUUGAAAAACUUCAUACUGAACUGGCUAGUGCAGGGAAAAGAGCAACAGCAGCAGCAGCAGCAACAAAUCCAAGUCCUGGAUACGCUGGAAGCUACAGCAAUUCUGAAGCUGCUUAUGGAGGAAAUCCAUGCCCUGAUCCUUAUGUCAUGCAUCAGGUUCAAGGUGGUACUGAUGAAGGCCCCCCAAUUGUGUCUGGAUGAGUACCAAUCAAUCCUUGUAAUGUGCAAUGAACACGAGCAUAUAGAGCCAGAGUUGAACAAAAUUCAGUCUCAAGUGUCAACAGAUACAUUGUCUGACUUCUGCAGGAGGCAACUUUUGAUGGUGAGAACACAGGUACAUCGACAUCUCUAAAGUUUGCCGUUAGGGUCUGCAUUUUUGACAUCUGGUCUCUCUCUCUCUCUCUCUCUUUACUUUUGCUGUAACAAUGAAUCAAUGAUUGCUUUAAAGACUCAUUUGGGUUGGUGCACGAA